AUGAAUUCCACGUCAUCUGCUUACCCUCCUGAGCACACCACCGACGUUGCCAUCAUCGGCGCCGGUCCCGUCGGCCUAAUGAUCGCCAACUAUUUGGGCCAAUGUGGUGUGAAUGUUACGGUGGUGGAAAAGCUCGACACCCUAAUCGACUACCCCCGCGCCAUUGGCCUUGACGACGAAAGCCUGCGCACCUUCCAGGCGGUGGGGUUGGCGCAGGCAGUACUGCCGCAUACAACGCCGUCACACGCCAUGCGUUUCAUGACGCCUAGGGGUCGUUGUUUUGCCGAUAUCCAGCCCAAGACCGAUGAGUUUGGCUGGUCGCGGCGCAACGCAUUUAUCCAACCGUUGGCCGACCGCGUGUUGUUUGAAGGGCUGCAGCGUUUCAACAACGUCAAGGUGCUCUUCGGUCUUGAGCUUCAGGAUUUUGAGCAAAACGAAACCGCAGUGAGCCUGCGCCUGAAAGACCAAAGCGGCCAUGAAGAUACCUUGCGGGCCCGCUACGUGGUCGCGUGCGAUGGCGGCAACAGUUUGGUUCGCCGCGUCCUCGAUAUCAGUUUUGAAGGAAAGACUGCACCCAAUCAGUGGAUCGUUCUGGACCUCGCUAACGAUCCGCUCGGUACGCCACAUCUGUACAUGUGUUGCGAUCCUAAGCGCCCCUAUGUUUCUGCCGCGCUGCCUCAUGGCGUUCGGCGCUUCGAGUUUAUGGUCAUGCCCGGCGAGACCGAAGCAGAACUGACCAAGCCCGAAAGCAUGCGCAAACUGCUUGGCAAGGUGCUGCCAAACCCCGACAACAUUGAGCUGAUUCGCAGCCGGGUUUACACCCACAACGCACGGCUGGCCGGGCAGUUUCGGCAAGGCCGGCUGCUGCUAGCCGGUGAUGCGGCGCACAUCAUGCCCGUGUGGCAAGGACAGGGUUACAACAGCGGCAUGCGCGACGCGUCCAACCUGGCAUGGAAGCUGUCGUUGGUGGUCAAGGGGCUGGCGGCCGACCACCUGCUGGAUACCUACCAACUGGAACGUCGCGACCACGCGAAAGCGAUGAUCGAUCUUUCUGUGCUUGCCGGGCACGUGCUGGCCCCACCGAAACGCUGGCAAGGCUCGCUGCGCGACGGGGUUUCGUGGUUACUCAACUACCUCCCCCCUAUCAAGCGCUACUUCCUGGAAAUGCGCUUUAAGCCCAUGCCGCAAUACACGCAGGGGGCAUUGGUCGCAUCGACGGAUAAGGCUUCGCCUGUAGGCAAGAUGUUUAUACAGCCCAAGGUGCUCACAGAAGCAGGUGAAACCGCCUUGCUUGAUGACGUCAUCGGCAACGGGUUCGCCAUCAUCGCGUGGGGCUGCGACCCGACAUGGGGGCUGAAUGCCGCGCAACUCCAACAGUGGCAAGCCCUGGGCGCGCGGUUCAUCCAGGUCAUACCCGACGUCCAGCUCAAGGCAGCCCGCAGCGGUGGCGACGAUGUCAUUCGCGUUGGCGAUACCACCGGGCGCCUGAAAGAGUGGUUCGCACGCGGCUCAUCCUCCAUUGCAGUACUGCGCCCUGAUCGCUUCGUUGCGGGUUUGGCUAUCCCGCAAACGCUUGGUCAAACCUGUGACAAGCUGGCGUUGGCGCUACACGCAUUACCACAACGCACUGCAGCGCCUGCUGCCAGCAAGGUGGCC